AUGGAUUCCAAUCGAGCAGACUCUGUUAGACCAUACACUAGCAGCGAGCCAGCAGCUUUAGACGGCGCCGGUGAAGAUGGACAAAAAUCACUACCUAUGAUAGGGGUCGAGGCCUACACUCCGAAUGUGUUUGACUUAGUGCUGCCUACAGGUCGCGCCAAAUACGCAGUCAAGUCAAAUAUUCCUCCUGCCUUUCUCCAGAGCGAAGCUGUUGAUUCUUCGCUAUUCCUUGGUCGCGGUGCCUCGUUCACGGUCACUCGACAAGCCAUUCCGGCCGGUCCGGAGAACAUAGUGGAACGAAUAAAUAUGGGCGGCUGGAUUGCAGAGUCUGUAGUAAAAGCCCCGAAACGUCCUAGCUAUGUAGUAUAUAAAUCGGCACGAGUAGCAUUUCAACCCAACGGCAAACCAGCGACACGUGAAGACAGUCGGGCUCUACAAAGUGUUCUGACUGAAUUUCAUGCGCUAUUACAUCCGGCACUGCUUAAGCAUCCCAACAUUAUCGAUUUUCUCGGACUCGCUUGGGGAACCAAUCAUGCCGACCCACUUCAUCGUCUUCCGGUGCUUGUUGUCGAAUACGGAGAUCGAGGCACUUUAGCAGACGUUCAGUUACGUGGGCCUCCAUUAUCCGACGCUUCGAAGCUUGAUAUAUGUCUCGGCAUCGCGCGAGGUCUUAAGGCCCUGCAUGAUAAUGGCAUAAUUCACGGUGAUGUGAAGCCGGAGAAUAUCAUUAUGUGCUCACAUAAUGAUAACAUCCCCAUACCUAAGCUGGCUGAUUUCGGCUUUGCCAUUAUCGAAUCCACUGAGGCGUCUGAAGUUAUGAUUGGGAGCACAAGAAUUUGGCGAGCCCCUGAAGUUUCCUCCGCUAUUCCUGUCGCUAAAUUGAGGUUCACGGACGUGUAUUCCUUCGGUUUGGUGGCAUGGUCGCUUGCUAUUGAUGGCAAAGACCCAUUUAGUCUGUUUCUUGCUGAUAGUUUGCAUGGUGAGGAGCGACUUCUUGAGAUCGAACGUCUUAAGCAAGCGGAUCAGGUUCUAGCUAUGUCGAAGCUAGAGACAUGGAUUUUCGACUGGGGAUUCACACGUAAACUACAAUCAGCAACCUCCCAUACCCAAGCAAAUUCGUCAUAUGGAUCAGCUAACCCAACUGAGCUACAAACUCUACAGAGUCGCCUCAUGACCCUAAUGUCUUCCUUAAGACAGUUAGGGGCACCAAAAGAAAUGAUAGUUUCGGGUGUUGUGGGAUUUUACCGUCAACAAGCAUUCUUUGGACAUCUCGAUUCUCUGUUCACCCAUACUUUGACUAAGGAUCCAGACCACCGAGAUCUAUCAGCUGUGAUAAAGGAACUUGAAGGACAAGAUGUCGAAAUAAUCAAGGGCAUCGCAACUUUGAACACCGCAGAGUCUGGCAACAGCACGCAGGGCUUGGUCAAGCCUAACAUAAAAAGUUCAGAGAUUCCGAUGACAGAGAACGCAUCGAGGAACUUUGAUUGGCAUGGAUUGGGAUUUAAGUCUCAUCAAUAUUCAUGGCAGAUGACUAGAGAUCUUGAACCGAACGUACAAAACUUUAUAGUUAACACUCUAUCCCACCCGGAUGAAGAUAGCUCCAAAUUCAUUCAGGCAGCAUAUUUGCUUAACGGGUACGGAGUCAACGCCGAUGUAGAUCGGGCUCUGGAGUGCCUCGUUCAAGCAAGUCUAUCAAGAGAUUCAAUUUCCCAGGCAUUCUUGUACAGAGUGUUUAAGGCAUGUCAAAAGGACAUCCCGUCCGAAGUCCCCGUGCUGCAAUACUUGAAGUACCAAGCCUUGAGAGGGUCGCGUAUGGCGCUACUCGAUUUGAAAGAACUAAACCCUGAAGAGAUGGAAAGCGUCAGAGAUCGCGUACGGUUCGGCUAUGGUGGUGUCGGAGCCGAUUGGUACCUUGAUCGCCAGUGGAACUAUGGCCUCACGCAAUCUACAUUAAUGAGUAAAGACUUCAAUCUUGAAUGUCUUGGCCCAAGAAACAAUUUGGCAGAUAUUGUCGUCAAUAAACGAGGAGACAAGAUCACUCAUGCGUCGGCAGCUGUUGGCGCGUAUGGCUUGCUUAAGGAGCUGAUAACUGACGUUAAGGUCGACGUCGACCUUCUUAAUUCGAAGGGAGAAACGGCACUGUUAUGUGCUUGUCGGUCGGGACACGCAGCAAACGUGAAGCUUCUGCUUGAUAAUGGUGCUUCCGCUUCCAUUCAGUCAUCGAGCGGAGAAUCGCCGCUUCAUUGGCUUUCAUCAUUCAAAGAUAAUAUUAAUCCUGCGGCCGUUGGGAAAGACUUGAUUGAGGUAGGAGGAGCAAAAGUCGACGCAUUUACCACAUGUCGUGUAUCUCAUUCCAUCUUUCCGGGCACGAUGGAUGUGGAUUUCCAACCUGAAGGGACACCACUCUUGUGGGCCGUUCACGACAACAAACCCCGAAUCGUUGCAUUCCUACUUUCGGCAGGAGCAGAUCCAAAUUGGCGAUUCAGCAACGAUGACCAAUCACCUCUAGAGUGGGCAGCGUUCUACCACCAUACCGAGUGUUUAAAACUGAUGAUCGAACACUUGGAGAAGACUGCCCCUGCUCCCAUGACGACGGAAGGGAAAAAAGACACUCGGCAGACAGUAUUGUAUGGGCCACUGAUAAGACACGCCGUCCACGGAUCAGACAAGUUCUCCAUGAUCAUAAGAGACGGCGCGAACUAUCUCAACAGUUUCAAAUCCACCCUAGCUCUCCUACAAGAAAAAACAAAACUAGUUAAAUUCAGCGUAGGAACAAACGAGACACUACUCCACUACGCCGCAAAAGAAGCCCACGACGAAGCCUGCAAGAUCAUCCUCGAGUCCGGCUGGCUCGUAGACGAAAUCAACAAACUCGCAGGCCCGGAGUCCCGAACGCCCUUACUAGAAAGCGUGCGCUGGAACCGGCGCCCGCUCUUCCAGCUCCUCGUCCACCACGGCGCCGACGUCACCGCCCUCUCAGCAAGCCCGUACGACGAGUCCGGGCGGCGCACCUGGACCGCGCUGCACGUCUUCGCGGACCAAGCGCACAACAACAACAACAACAACAACAACAACAACAACAACAACAACGCCGACGACGACCUAGCCCUCGUAGACGACCUCGUCGCCGCCGGCGUGCCCGUGGACGGCAGUAACAGCGCGGCCGCGCCAGCCACCGAAACGGCCUUCCACAUCGCCGUCCGCCGCCACGCCUUCCGGCUCGCGGACCGGCUGGUCUCGCACGGCGCUAACAUCGACGCGACGUGCGCGCGCGCCGCGUUCCUAGUCGCUUCGCACCCGCUCACGGGCCUCGGCUGGGUCGUCGCGCUGAACGCGCGGCACAGUCUGUCUGGGCUGCGGUACCUUCUCGCGCAAUCGCCUUCGUUCGUCGUCGAGCCGGAGCGUGGCUACACUGCCCUGCAUCUAGCUGCCUGUGUGCCGGAGGGUCUGAGCUACGUGGGUGGCGAUGGCGGGGCGGUGUCGAGGGCGGAUUUCGAUUGGGAUACGCAUAUGCUGCUUUUCCGCGAGCUGUUGGAGUGGUUUGAUGGCUCGGAGAGGCUGGAUGCGAGGUGUAUGGUUGCGGCGGGCGCGAAGACGGCGCUGCAUCUUGCGGCGGAGUAUGGGAAUGUGGGGGUUGUGAAGGAACUUGUGCGUGGUAAGGCAGAUACGAUGGUAAGAUGUGAGGCUGGGGAGACGGCGGUGGAGAUUGCGAGGAGGGUGUGGGGUGGGAAGGGGCAUGAAGAGGUUUUGAGGGAGUUGUUGGUUUGGUUGGAGUAG